GUAAAAUACAUUAUUUAAAGUAGUUAUUUGGACCCAGCAGUGCAAAUUUUUGUGAAUAUUUAUGUCAUCGGUUAGCCUAUAACUCUUAUCUAACGUUCUUGGAUCGUUUCUCAGCAGCACGCCUCCUGUGCAGGAGGUUUUGUGAGUGCUUCAGAACAGACCAGUUUUUGAAACAUCGUAGAAGAUCAAUUCCUAGACAACGUCACACAUUUGCACCGUCUUUAGCGGCCCCCGUUACUGAAAAUUAUUGACCAUGGAUAGAUUUGUGAGAGGAUGUGACAAUGUUGUACUUUGUCUGAAAUAUCGAUUUUCUGCAUUCCUAAAACUUCUGCUCCUCUUUGCACUACUCAAUCCAGUCCACAGUCUCCGACGAAUGAGCACCCCCAACCUGGCGUCCAUGCGCAUUGGCAUCGCCGGAUUACAACUCAAGGAACUAAGACGUGCACACAUAGGGCUGGAACAGCAUUGUCGAUUGCAGGUUGAAGCAAUGCAAGGCGCCUUGCGAGAUUCCAGCAAGAAAGUCUUUGAUGAUCCCAAUGGGGCUCGUCGGGAGCUCGUCAGAGUGCAGAAGUUGGUCCAGACCUGUAACUUGAAUCUGACCGCAAUCGGUCAGCACUUGCAGUCUCACGAUCUGCUUGCCAAAGUCGGUCAAAGCGUUGCCUCGGCGGAGAGUCUCAUUGAUCAAAGCGAGAUAACAGGCCCUCUCCCCUCUCCGCAAGUAGAGAGUGUUAAUGACGAAGCCAGCGAGUCUGUCUUCGAAACAGAAGGGUCGGCGCCAAGUACAUUAUCCUCUAGAGUCUCUGAAGAUCGCAACUCUCGACAGACAGGCCUCACUCCUUCGAUUAACAACCUCGGCCCAUUUCCAGUUCCGCCGAAGUUCGAAAUGUCCAUGAGCGAGUUGGUCGUGGAUUUCUGCUCCAACCAUGUUAUUCGCACCCUAUCCACCGCGAUCAUCCGCCUCGAUCGCAGCUGCGGCGGAAAAUUCCACACGACUGCGAAGUACACUUCCGGCGUGUUCACCAUCCGGAUGCGCGCUCCCGCAAACGCACCUGGCAUGAUAAACAGUUUUUACAUUUCCUCAAACGAUGGAGCGCUCGAUAUGAUAAGCUUCGAUUUUGUCGGCAACCAGCCAAACCGCGUGCUGACGGCUUAUGCCGUGAACGGAAAUCAUGAGCAGAAACUCAAAACUUUCCACAUGGAUUUUGACACCACAGCAGAGUUUCAUCAAUAUACCAUCAAGUGGGACAACGAGAUGAUUGUUUGGAUGGUUGAUGAUGUGGUGCUGCGCACACUACGUGCUUCCUGUGUGAAGGAUUACCCUACCAAGCCAGGUCACAUCUUUGGCUAUUCGUGGGACGCGUCUAGCUUGAACGACGGCGCCAUGGCAGGGCGCAUGAACUGGCUAAAUGCGCCGUAUUUCAUGCACUUCAAGAAUUUGCAGGUGACGUCGCCUCUGAGGCGUGGAGAUUGGGUUCCACCCCAGCAGAAAAACGUUCAGAGAACCUCUACGAAUUCAAUCCGCCCUUUCGUAAUCGAUUAUUGCCCUUGGAGCGUCGCCGCGGAUGCCGAACAUGAUGUGGACAUCACCUUCGACAAGAAGGGAUGCGGGGGCCGUCUCCGGAGCUUGAAUUCGUAUCCCUCGGGGAAAUUCAGCUCUCGCAUCAAGUGCGCGGAGGGGGAUACCAGUGGCCUGCUUACCAGCUUUUACGUCUCUUCAGGGGAAGGCACGAUCACACAAGACGAAAUAGACUUUGAGUUUCUGGGAGACAACAAGCGUAUCGUGCAGACGAAUUUCUACGUGAACGGAACGAGUGACAACGAGCAGUGGGUAGAGCUCGACUACGACUGCUCCUCGGGGUUCCACACUUAUGCCAUUCAUUACGACCAGCAUCAGAUCAAAUGGUUUGUGGAUUCGAAACUGGUGAGAACCGUCGUGAAGGAAGACCAAUUGCGGGAGAGGCUUCCAUACCCCACGAAAAGAAUGUUUCUGUACUCGUCUGUGUGGAAUGCCUCCUUCGUGAACGAUGGCGGGUGGACAGGGAAGUGGCACGGCAUGGGAGAGCUGCCGUUUGUUGCGAGAUUCAAAGACGUAGUGGCUCAAUACUUUUCGAAUGAAUGAUUGACGCAAGCGCGGCAGUUGUGAUAUGCAUAUGAGAUCUCUACGGUGACUCUUAUGUAUACUAGUGCUCGAUGGACCUCGAGAUGGUCCAGAUCAUUAAAUUUUGAUGACGCCAUGAGACACUGAACCAGGGCUGCGUAGCUGCGUCGGAAGAGACAUGUGUCGCGGUGCAUCUCUGCUGUAAGGUAUGUAGAUAAGUGGCCAGACUAUAUUAAAAGCAGAGAUGAUGUCUGGCUUGCUCCGAAGUUCAACGAUGGCAAUAUGUUGCAAAUAUCAAUGUUGCUAGCUGGCGACUGUCCAGCGUACACUGUAUGUAUGUAUAGCAUGGUUGGUGGGGGAACAUUCUCAGAAUUUAAUUGUAAAUAUUAGUAAAUGUUUUGAAAUUUAGUAAUUUGCAAAACGUUUAUUUGUACCUAAAGUGCAUAAAACUUAAAAUAUAUUUAUAAAGCAGUAGACUAGUAUAUAAGAACUACAUGGUUUGGUC